AUGCCAGGUCUACUCCUGCCACAGAAUGCCACUGUGGCUUUCCACAGCAUUGUGCGCCGAUUCUUCACACAGUCAGCACAGCAACCGUCCAACAGGGUUGAGCAUGGGGUCUUCUUCCUGUUCAAUGUCCUUCACGAAGUGCUCAACACCCGGAGGACCUAUGAUCAGUACGACAUGACUCCGGAGCAAUGGGCCUGGCUCCAAGACACCCUCCACAUGCUCGACACCUCCGAGCUGGCCGUACUCGGCGAGUUCGCAGUACAAAUCUUCUCUUUCGACUACAGCAUCGUCGAACGCACCAUCACGGUCCGCUACCCGUCCGAGACCCAGACGCGCUUCGUCUGCUUCCUCAACAACACCCUCGAAGAACAACUCCGCAUGGCCAUGCACCGCCAACCGGGCUACGAGCACCGCAUCGCCUCGUACAACCCGCGCGACGACUUCCCCCUGCGCCACAUCGCCAACGGCGUCGACUCGCACUGGACCACGGACGGCCACUGGAUCUUCUCGGUGCGCACGCCCAGCAUCGUCGUCUACGACCACACGCAGCGGCAGAUGGGCCGGCCGUUCUACCCGCUCAUCAUCGAGGUCGGCGACGCGGGCAUGCACGCCGACGAGGAGGCGCUCGCCCGCGACUACCUGCUGGGCGACGACGAGAGGCCCAGCCUGUUCCUGUGCAUCACGCUGUGGGACGAGGCGGACGCCGAGUGCCGCGUCGGCACGUACAGCCUCUGGCGCAGCGAGGUGCAGCCCGACGUCCAGCCCCAGGCGAUCCACGGCUUCUGGCCGCCCGGCACCGUGUGGGAGCCGAGACGCGUGGUGCAGGACAGGGCGUUCACGGCGAGGGGCGGACAUGUGGAUGUGGGAGAUGGCGAGAUCGAUCUCAGGUUCAGCGAGUUGUCGGCUAGGUGCGAGGAGUGGACGAAGACGGAGCCGGAGGGGACGCGCGACUGGCUGUGGCUGAUGGAUGGGAUUCAGAUCUCGUUUGAGAGGCUGUCUCAUAUCUGGCAGCUGGCGAGGGAUGGGGAGGAGUAUGUGGAGUCGAGGGAGUUCUUGGUGUGGGAGGAAGAGGAAUGGGCGGAGGGGUAUGGAGAGCCGGUGAUGGGCGGGGAGUAG